AUGGGUCAGGGUCCUUUGAUGAGAAAAGUUACGGAGGUUCAUGAGGAUUUGCAUAUUUGGGAUCGGGAAGUUCUAAAGAAACCGGUCGAGAGAAUGAAGAAAUUAAAAAGGGAUUUGGAGCGCCUGAGGCGUGGUUUAAUGACUGAGGAAUUGGCAGCAUCUCAAAAGGAGAUUCUGCUUCGCAUAGAGCUACUCCUGGAGCAGGAGGAAUUGAAAUGGGUCCAAAGGGCAAGAGCAAAAUGGCUUAAGCAUGGGGAUCACAAUACUAAUUUUUUCCACCAAUUUGCUUCAGCCUGCAGAAGGAAGAAUAUGAUCAAGGGGCUAGUGGAUGAUCAAGGAGUGAAACAUGAGGACUUGGGAAAGAUGAAGGAGAUGGUAAGGGAGUUCUAUACAAAUAUGUUCACGUCAGAAGUGCAGGAAGUGGACCAGGGCAUGAUCAAGGCUCUGAUGCCAGAUGUUGGUCUAGGAUCUUGA